GGCGGCUCUAAAUAAGCAGGAGUCGGUUGGGAGUAAUUCUCCAGGUGAGGUCUUUGCCUUGGAUAGCGCCCUCCUGGGGAAGGGACCAGCGAGCACAAGGAACAAACAAGUACUUGAGAUGCUGACACACAGAACCUGAGGGUAGGACAAGAAGCAAUGGGUGGAAGUUCAUUGAAGAGAAAUCCAAACUGGAACUAAGGAGAAAUUUCCUGACGCCAUGGGGAACACCACAAGUGAAAGGAUGUCAGGUGAGCGUCACAGUUCCAAGAUUCACCGCUCAGAGGGAGCCGUCCAUGCCAAAGAUCAUUCACACAAGAUCAUGGUUGGCAGCACUGAUGACCCCAACAUCUUCAGCACCCAUGAAUCUAAGCUUCCUGGAGAAAAAGAGUUUGUAUCAUGGCACUAUGACUUGGAUGAGUCAGUUAAACCAUCCCAGCAGGCUCGUCCCACAGUCAUCCGCUGGACUGAUGGAGGCAAAGAAGUUUUCAUCUCAGGCUCUUUCAACAAUUGGAGUGCUAAGAUUCCUCUCAUUAAGAGCCAUAAUGACUUUGUUGCUAUUCUGGAUCUUCCUGAAGGUGAACAUCAGUACAAGUUCUUUGUGGAUGGCCAGUGGGUUCAUGAUCCCUCUGAGCCUGUAGUGACCAGUCAGAUGGGAACAAUAAACAAUCUGAUUCAUGUCAAAAAAUCAGAUUUUGAAGUGUUUGAUGCUUUAAAAGUUGACUCCCUUGAAAGUUCAGAGACUUCCUAUCGAGAACUUUCUGGCUCCCCUCCUGGAAUUUAUGGCCAAGAUAUGUAUGUAUAUCGGCCUGAAGAGCGAUUCAAAUCUCCGCCAAUUCUUCCUCCCCAUCUUCUACAAGUCAUCCUUAACAAGGAUACUAACAUUUCCUGUGAUCCAGCCCUCUUGCCAGAGCCAAACCAUGUGAUGCUAAACCACCUCUAUGCACUCUCCAUUAAGGAUGGCAUCAUGGUGCUUAGUGCCACCCAUCGCUACAAGAAGAAAUAUGUCACCACUCUUCUUUACAAGCCUAUUGGAGUCUGAUUCCUGCAUAUUUCCAUAGAGAUUCAAGGACUCUUGCUUUUUCUGAAUAUGAUAGAAUACCAGUGGCAUGAGGAUGAGUAGUCAGCUUCCAGAUUAUUUUAUCAGACACAAAGGUUUGGAUAACUCAGCUGUUAUUCUGAUUUUUCAACACAAUGAAGUUCUUCAUUCCCAUAUGGCUAGAACAAACAACUUGAUAAAGCUACUGAAAUUAAGUUGUGGGUGUAUUAUUAUUAUUAUAUCUUAUAUAUUGCAAACUGUGAGGUUGGCUUCUUCCUGAAACAAGAAGACUUGCCUUGCAAUCUUCCCUUCCACAUUUAAAGAGAAAGAAAGUUCAGUGCCACCCUCUUUUCAAAUCAUAUUACCAUUGUAUAGUCUCCUAAUACAGAGACCAUGUAUCUUUAAAUAUGGAACAGCUCUGUUACUCAAGUAUCAAAAGUCUCUUCUAGCAGGAAAUUUUGGCCUAGUAAAGUAGAAUUGCUAUUAUGUUUUCAGUAUCUACUGUUGUAAAGCUUUUCUAAUGUUUGCCAUUUGUGGGUGCUAAUUAAGUGUGACAAGACCCAGUACUGAACUGCUUGGGUAGCCGUUCAGUAGCAGCUUUAUACCAGUGAAAGGCACUACAUUCAACUGUCUCUUCUGAAUAAAUAGAAAAAAAAUUAAGAUUUUUCAUCUUUACUAAGUCACAUCUCAA